AUGGCGGAGACGGAGGAAGAUCGCAUUCCAAUUCCAAUUCCAAUUCCAAGAGAUUCAUUCGAGAUCGAGGAGGAUCCGUUUACCGGUGAAGCAGAAGAACCGAGACUUGCUACUUUUGCGGGGAGACUGGAUAUUGAGUCGUAUGCACUUUCGUCGCCGGGGGUGAAGAGUGAUAUCGAGGAUUCUCCUACCAAACAGAGCAUGCAGAGUAAUUUGAGUCCUCGUGUUGCGCUCGCGGCUUUGCAACCUUUUGAGUCGUCGAUGGAGGGAGAGAGGAAUGGGAGGUUGUCACUGGGAUUGAGGAGUCGGUCGUCGAUAUCAUCAGCCUCUCCUUCGCCACUACGCAAGAGCCUGCAGAAAUCCACGCCCAGUUCUAGGUCGAAGGUUAAAAGUGAAGACGGGGUUGUCGCAUCGCCAAAAUUGAACGGUCUUCCGCCAAAUCUCACGCCUCAAACACCAUCUCAACCCCAAAAGCGAGGACGCAAACGCAAAACCACCACUGAAAAUACAAGAGAAAAUAACACCUCCUCCCAAACACCACGCAAAAAACUCAAUCGCUCCCUACCAACCAAAUACGCCGACCCCUCAACCUACGCACACCUCUCCCCCAUCCCGGACAUCAUCGGUCCCUCCAUGCUCCUCCUCUUCAUCGGACUCAACCCGGGCCUCAUGACCGCCACCGCUGGUCACAUGUACUCGCAUCCCACGAACCUCUUCUGGCGCUUCGUCCACAGCUCCGGAAUCACGCCCCGUCUACUCAAGCCAUCAGAAGACCAAAUACUACUCAGUGAGUACGGAUGCGGUAAUACUAAUAUCGUCGAGCGCCCGACGCGUAACGGAGCCGAGCUAAGUAAAGCCGAGAUGGACGCCAACGUCGUCGUCCUCGAAGCGAAGGUCGCGCGGUGGCGACCCGAAGCCGUCUGCGUGGUGGGGAAAAGCGUGUGGGAGAGUAUCUUCCGAGUCAAGCGUCGACGGGGACUCAAAAAGGGCGAGUUCGCGUACGGAUGGCAGGAGGAGAAGAUGGGGGUUGUGAAGCCGGAGGUGCGGGAUGCGAUCUCCUUCCUUGAAGAGAACGACGGACGGGAUCUGAAGACGCUGGAGAAAGCUGAUGUGCAUGAGGCGUUGGAGUUCCUUGGUGCGGCGGAUCGGAGGAAGGCUGAUGGGAGGGGUGUGGUGUGGGAGGGGGUACCGGUUUUCGUGGCGACGAGUACGAGUGGACUUGCGGCGACGGUGCCGUAUGCGGAGAAGGUGGCGAAUUGGAAACAGAUUGGGGAUUGGGUUAAUGAGAGGAGGGCUGCGAGGGGGAUUCGUGGUCAUGGUGGGACUGGGGAGGUGAAAGUCGAAGACGGUUUGUCUCCCGAGGCUGGGAAGGAUGAGAGUCAAGUUGUGGGUGUACGAACGGAUGGUCCUGCAGUUAAUGUCGUUGAGGACGUGCAAGUUAAGCGUGAGAGUGAGGAUGUUGGUGUUGGUGUACAGAUGGAUGUCUCGACUUCUCAGCGAAUUAACGUACUUGAGGAAAUGGAGGUUAGAGGAUAG